AUGGCUAUCACAACGCACUUUACCCUCAACACUGGCGCCAAAAUCCCCGCUGUGGGUUUCGGCACUUGGCAGGCAAAGCCUCUGGAAGUUGAGAAUGCAGUCGAAGUCGCACUGAAGCAAGGCUAUCGUCACAUUGAUUGUGCUGCUAUUUACCGCAACGAAACGGAGGUUGGGAAUGGUAUCAAGAAGUCUGGCGUACCACGAGAGGAGAUCUUCAUCACAGGCAAGCUUUGGAACACGAGUCACGCGCCCGAGGAUGUUGAGCCGGCAUUGAACAAGACGUUGAAGGACCUUGGGCUCGACUACCUGGAUCUUUACUUGAUGCAUUGGCCUGUUGCCUUCAAAUCCGGUGAUAAAUGGUUCCCAUUGAACGAAGAUGGGGUCUUCGAACUUGCGGAUGUCGACUACAUCACAACCUACAAAGAGAUGGAAAAGCUGUUGAAGACGGGAAAAGUCAAGGCAAUUGGUGUUUCCAACUUCAACAUCCGCCGACUGGAGGAGCUACUAGGUCAAGUCUCCGUCGUGCCCGCUGCCAACCAGAUUGAAGCCCACCCAUACCUCCAGCAGACCGACCUGCUGAAGUUCUGUCAGAGCAAGGGAAUCAUCGUGGAAGCCUACUCUCCUUUAGGUAACAAUCAAACCGGCGAGCCCAGGACAGUUGAUGACCCGUUGGUAGCUCAGGUCGCUAAGGAGACAGGAAUGGACCCAGGCCCUCUGCUCGCUAGUUGGGGUGUGCAGCGCGGGACUGUUGUUUUAUCAAAGAGUGUCACACCUUCUCGUAUCGAGGCCAAUCUCAAGGUGCAGGCUCUUUCUGAUGAAACCUUUGCGCAAUUAACCAGUCUGGAGCGACACAAGCGAUUCAAUUUCCCAGCCAUCUGGGGCUAUGAUAUUUUUGAGGAGUUUGGGACGGAAGCGGUGCGCAAGGCUGCUGCUGCUGCGGGUCCUGCUAAUAAGCUAAAGUUCACUGUUUAG